AUGGAUGUAUCCGAAAACAAUUGUAAAGGGGUUUUUACCCAUUUCUUCGAGGUGGCGCGCCCCGCCUCGGACACAAUUAAAGAAGAUUAUCUUGGGACGCCAGCGCACAAAUGUCGUAUGAAGUUCAUAUCAUCUCUUACAGAACGCCUGCAGACGAUUACGAAAGAAUUACAUCUCGCGCAUAAGCAAGAUAUAAUCUCAUUCGUUACAGCGAGCGAUAGUGAGCGGGUUGAUUUCUGCGUGGACGUCCUCGAAAACGAGAAAUUCGGUUUGUUGCGUGGUGAUCGUAGCCAUCUAGAACAUCCGAUUCCAGAUUUGCCUACGCCAACCCAGCUUCUCUGUACCAUAGAGCAUCUCUCUGGAUACUACAAAGUCUUAAAUAUGACUUUUAACCCCACAGGCGAUCAAGAGAAUAACGUCGCAUUUGAGCUAGGCACACGCAAAGACGGUAAGAGAGUUGAGUCCACACCGAGGCGUCGAGCUAUUGGCGAUAGGUAUGAUGAUGAUGACAACUGGAGUUUCCAGAGCUGUGAUGGGGAUCGCCCGGUUUUCACAGUUGCCAACGGGGACUGUGUGAUGUUACGCGUGAAGAACAACACUCCAUUCUCUUGGAAGAUCGUCAUCAUGGUGCUAGGGUCUCUUUGCGAAAUAGAGCAAUUGUAUCCAGGUAGAGAAGGCACAAAAUACGAAGAACUGGGACCAUAUACAACAUUCGACAUGGUUACCAGCUUGAAGAAGGACCACCCCUUCCUUACAUCGGAAACGAACUUUUUCAAGGUUUUCUUUUCGAGGCAGCCAAUUAAUUUUCGAUGGAUGGAACUGCCAGCCUUAGAGGGGUUACGGGAGUCCCCAACGCCUGGACCGGGAGAGAAUCGUGGGCGUGAAACCUUUGAGAGGAAGAUUCCCGCGAAGCAAGAUAGUUGGGAUCCGCAAGUUUCCUGUAUCUGCAAAGAUUUGCAGGUUGACAUUGUGUCCAAGAAAUGAUUCCUUUUUCUUUUUUCGUGACGAUGAGCAAAACUUGGCUAGCUAGGAGGCUACCGUUUUGUUGGUUGGCUUUGUUCUUGGUUAUUCAACGGUCGUUAUCUCGGUAUAGUGUGUUAUCGUAUUACUUAAGUACCUAGGUACCUAAUGCACAUUGCUUUAUAUCUAUUGAAUUACGAAAUGAUGGCUGCUAAAACCCCAAAUUAUACGAAUCUAUUCUACGCAGUUCUAUCGGACGUUCGGUAUCGGGUAAAGGAAUGGUAGUCGAAAACGGGGGUGGGUGUAGUCGGAUGGCCCCAUCUUCGGGGUGCGUGACGAGCCGCUAGCAAUUUAGGAUGAUCUAGGUGGUAUCGGGCGGUCUGAAAAUAGUAGGAUAUAAACUCGAAAGUCUGAGAUUCCGGAAGUGGUUCGGCGGAAAUGGCUUACGUCACUACCUG